AAUUUGGAAUCUGCACAAAUAUUUUUUAAUGAGAAAAAAAAAGAAAUUAAUAAGCGGAGAAGAAUGGUUAAAAUUGCAAAAAUUGUAAAAACUAUAGGACUUGAUUCGUAGUCCUUUAGAGCUUUGAAGGCCAAUUCCACAAAUUCAUGUAAUAAAGACAGAUUAUCAAGAUUAUAGCCUUUUUGCAAUAUAAGUUACGGAAGUGGAAGUUCAUCUAUAAAUUGUUGAAACUUCCAAAUUGAAAUUGGAUCAUAAAUCUUCUUCGCUUUCGCUGGAAAAAUACACAGCCAUCGCCACCGCCAACGCCACCACAAUCGCCACCGCCGCCGACCAUUUGUUAGCUACCGAGGUUCUGCAUCUUCCUAGAGUAAAAGACAGCACAAGCUUUUCUUUUCCGAGGAUCUUCAGUAAUGGAGGAUGACUAAUUCUGGAUGAGCAGUACGAGCAUACCCAUUUAAACCUAAUUUUUUUUGUUUUUUUUUCCCCUUGGUGUGUCCGGGCUUCUCCGGGCACAUAAACUAGAUCCGUCCUUGUAUCAAGUAAAUAGCAUAUGUCUCACAUACAUUGAUUUAAUGUCUAUCUAUCUUUUUUGUUGUAUGAUUUAAUGUCUAUGUAUCUUUUUGAUACAAUGAAGGAGGCAAAUGCCUAAUUAACAGAUUUCUGGGGAUAUGCUACCCUGUUACAUAUUGCUCCAGCCAUGAUUUAAUGUCUUUAUCUUAAUGUGUCAUUUGUAAUUUUUACUGAUUCAUAUGUAUAUUGCUCUUCUUGCAUUAAAAAAAAAGUGUGACGGCAUGUUCUGGGGGAUCUUGUAGAGUUGGAUUAAAUUGGAUUGGAUAAGUGCAGCUUCUUGAUUACCUGAAAUCCCCCGAAGACAUUCUGGAUUUGCUUUUAUUGUAAUGAUGGAGAGCUUGCAACAGUUAGAAGUGUUGUGUGAAAGGCUUUACAAUUCUCAAGAUUCAGCAGAACGAGCGCAUGCGGAAAACACUCUUAAAUGCUUUUCCGUGAACACUGAUUACAUACCUCAAUGCCAGUAUAUUCUGGACAAUGCAUUGACUCCUUACGCAUUGAUGCUGGCUAGUUCAAGCUUGUUGAAACAAGUCACAGAGCACAGUCUCUCAUUGCAGCUCCGCCUUGACAUCCGAAACUACCUUGUAAGCUAUCUAGCAAAGAGAGGUCCUGAGUUGCAGCCUUUUGUGGUUGGAUCCCUCAUUCAACUUUUAUGUCGUAUUACCAAGUUUGGAUGGUUUGACGAUGACAAAUUCAAAGAUGUUGUGACAGAAUCUACAAGCUUUUUGAGCCAGGCAACAUCGUCAGAACAUUAUGCUAUUGGUUUGAAGAUAUUGAAUCAACUUGUUUGUGAGAUGAAUCAGCCGAAUCCUGGAUUAUCUUCAACACAUCAUCGAAGGGUGGCCUGUGCAUUUAGGGAUGCAUCUCUGUUUCAAAUAUUUCAUAUAUCAAUAACCUCAUUGAAUCAACUCAAAAGUGAUGUCAUCAGCCGCUUGCAAGAACUAGCACUUUCCCUCUCAUUGAAAUGUCUGUCUUUCGAUUUUGUCGGGACAUCGAUUGACGAAAGUUCUGAAGAGUUUGGAACUGUCCAGAUUCCUUUAUCUUGGAAGCCAGUGUUAGAGGACUUCUCAACUGUUCAGAUAUUCUUUGAUUACUAUAACAUCUCCAAGCCGCCAGUCUCGAAGGAGGCGCUCGAGUGUUUAGUUCGAUUGGCUUCUGUUAGGCGGUCAUUGUUCACAAAUGAUACAACCCGCUCCAAGUACUUAUCACAUCUAAUGACAGGGACCAAGGAGAUUCUACGGACCGGAGCAGGUCUGGCCGAUCAUGAUAACUACCAUGAGUUUUGUCGCCUGCUUGGACGGUUUAGAAUUAAUUACCAGUUGUCAGAACUCGUCAACAUGGAAGGUUACAGUGAAUGGAUUCGUUUGGUGGCAGAGUUUACUUCAAGGUCUUUGCUGUCUUGGCAGGAUGUUAGAAGGCCAACUUCUUCAGGAUCUGUCUUUCUACUUUGGGCCAGCAGCAGUGUUUUUUACCUUUUGGGGCUGUGGUCUAGGUUGGUGAGUUCAGUGCCAUAUCUGAAGGGUGAUGCUCCUAGCUUGCUUGAUGAAUUCGUCCCAAAGAUUACAGAAGGUUUUAUUACCUCAAGAUUGGAUGCAACUCAGGUGGGGGUACCGGAUGAUCUUUCAGAACACCCUUUGGACAAUGUUGAGCUGCUUCAGGAUCAACUUGAUUGCUUUCCAUAUCUUUGUAGAUUUCAGUAUGAAAGCAGUAGCUUGUUUCUUAUCAAUAUCAUGGAGCCAAUUUUACAAACAUACACGGAAAGAGCACAAUUCCAGGUUGCAGAUAGUGGGGAGUUGUCUAUAAUUGAAGCCAAACUUUCUUGGAUUGUGCAUAUAAUUGCUGCUCUCCUGAGAGUGAAACAGGGUUCUAGUUACAGUUCUGAUUCGCAAGAAGUCAUUGAUGCAGAACUUGCAGCUCGUGUUCUGCGUCUGGUUAAUGUCACUGAUACUGGGUUGCACAGUAAGAGAUAUGGUGAAUUCAGCAAACAGAGACUUGAUCGAGCAAUCCUAACAUUUUUCCAAUAUUUUAGAAAGUCUUAUGUUGGUGAUCAAGCUAUGCAUUCAUCAAAGCUAUAUGCCCGACUCUCUGAACUUCUUGGACUCCAUGAUCACCUUUUGUUGUUGGAUUUCUUUGUUCGUAAAAUUGCAACAAACCUCAAAUUCUAUACAGAGAGUGAAGAAGUUGUUGAUCACACCUUAAGUCUGUUUUUGGAGCUUGCAACUGGCUAUAUGACUGGGAAGCUGCUUCUUAAAUUGGAGACUGUGAAAUUCAUUAUUGCAAAUCAUACGAAGGAGCAUUUUCCGUUUCUGGAAGAGUACAGAGCCUCUCGUAGUAGAACAACAUUCUAUUAUACAAUCAGCUCAUUGAUAUUUUUGGAGGAUAGUCCUUUGCUAUUCAAGUCUUCUAUGGAUUCACUAGUCCAAGUGUUUAUCACUCUAGGUGCCACUCCAGAUGCAAUGUUUCGGACUGAUAAUGUAAAAUAUUUAUUAAUUGGGUUGAUGAGAGAUCUAAGGGGUGUUGCAAUGGCCACAAGUAGUCGCAGGACUUACGGUCUCCUGUUCGAUUGGAUAUAUCCCGCUCACAUGCCAGUUCUUUUGAAAGGCAUUUCACAUUGGUUUGAUACCCCAGAGGUUACAACUCCGAUGCUAAAAUUCAUGGCUGAGUUCGUACUAAACAAGGCACAGCGCUUGACCUUUGAUUCUUCCUCUCCGAAUGGCAUACUUCUGUUUAGAGAAGUUAGCAAGCUACUUGUUGCGUAUGGCUCAAGGGUUUUGGCUCUUCCAAAUCCUACUGAUAUCUAUGCCUUCAAAUACAAAGGAAUGUGGAUUUCUCUGACUGUCCUUUCAAGAGCUCUUGCUGGAAACUAUGUGAACUUUGGCGUUUUUGAACUUUACGGAGACAGAGCACUUGCUGAUGCUCUUGAUAUUGCCCUCAAGAUGACUCUUUCUAUUCCUUUGGCUGAUAUUCUGGCUUAUCGGAAGCUGACGAAAGCAUACUUCGGAUUUUUGGAGGUUCUGUUCAGUAGCCACCUUGUUUUUGUGUUGAGUCUUGAUACAAGCACGUUCAUGCAUAUAGUUGGAUCACUUCAAUCUGGUCUGAAAGGUCUUGAUGCUGGUAUUUCUUCGCAGUGUGCAUCUGCUAUUGACAAUGUAGCUUCUUUCUAUUUCAACAACAUCACCAUGGGUGAGGCCCCCAAUUCACAAGCUGCAAUUAAUCUGGCUAGGCAUGCUUCAGAAUGUCCAAAUAUGCUCCCUGAGCUACUGAAGACCCUGUUUGAGAUAGUGUUAUUUGAGGAUAUUACUAAUCAGUGGAGCCUUAGCAGACCAAUGAUAAGCUUGAUACUCGUCAAUGAACAGAUAUUUACAGAUUUGAAAGCUCAUAUUUUAUCUUCACAGCCCGCAGAACAGCAUCAGCGCCUUUCUCAGUGUUUUGACAAAUUAAUGACUGAUGUUAACCGGAGCUUGGACUCGAAGAACAGGGAUAAGUUCACCCAGAAUUUGACCGUGUUCAGAAAUGACUUCCGUGUCAAAUAGCUGCAUGCUUCUCUAUUGUCACGACAACUUGCUGUCCAAGGAUAUCUUUUGAGAAACUCAUUCCUAAGUACAAAUUUGCUUUUUUCAUGAAAACUGUUGAUCCUUGGAGAACGCCAUUAUGUGCGAAAUGUGUCGGUUGCAUUUGGUCUUAGGAGAAGCCUGACGUUUUCCUCGAGGCAUUGACCUGCAGCGUCCUUGAUGAAACUAUCCUGAGUGAUGUAUAUAAUUUCCGGAAUCAGGACACUGUUGCUGCUGCUCCGGUGGCUAGCAGAACUAAAUAGUGAAUGUAAUCGUACACACACACACAUAAGUUUGGGCAGUUUCGGUGUAGUAUGUACAUUGUUUUUUUAAAAAUCAGUGUCUUUUACUCACUCGUUAAGCAUCAGAAAGUAGUGGCACUGGCAUGUAUCCUGUAAAUUACAAGGGGGUUUGUUUCUAUAUAUAAAUUUAGGUGUUUUUCUUUACAUUUUGAUCACAGUUUAACCAUAGUACCGGGAGGAUUCUCUCGAGACAUGUAAACUGUCAUAUAUUUGCUCGACUGUUCAGUACUUGAUGGUGCAGAUUUUCAAGCUCAACUGAGUGAAUUUGAAGCUUCCUC